AUGGAUAGGAAUGUGAACACUAAGCUCAAGAAAAUGCAGAAGGACUUGUCGGCUGUGGACAAGAGGGCAGACACGGCAGUGGAGGCGUCGCAGAGACUACGAUUGUGGAUGAAGAAGCAUCAGUCAAUGGAACAACGUCAGAUGACUUCCACACUGGUGAAUCUGGCUAUUGUAUUGUCGCAGGCCGAGGGCAAAGGACGUCGUUUCAAGAUUGUUUUUCCUCAGCGUGAGAUCAGGCUCCCUGAUGAGAUGGGCCAGCGAAAGCAGGUGGCAUACAUCAGCGCCAUUGGCACGCCGACGCUCACAUUGGCCAACUUCAAUGACGAGUUGAAGCAGGCAGAUCUCAAGGAUGACGAGACGUUCCAGCAUAAUGUGGAACAGAGUAAGCAGGACUUCCAG